AUACACUGUCAUGUAAAACGAGCAACGCUUCCCUGCAAGACGGGUAGCUGUUAGCAAACGUGUAAGCGACUUGUUAUUGUUCACUUUUGUUAAAAUAUUUGUUACUUUUGUUCAGAGAGUGGGAAAAGAAAUAACACAUAGCUAUUUGAUGUUCAAUAGUUAUCUCGCUCUAACCAAUGGCAAAUAUCGCAUGCUACCUUAUUCUAACAGAAUACAUAUAUUAGGCUACGUUUAUGACCGAGCGUAUUCGCGUCGCGCGAUGCGAUGAAAAUCGCUACUAGCGAUCAAAUACAUAAAUCCAUACGGAGGUGUUUAUCGUGCAGCGAUUCAGCGAAAAGCGGUUUCAGCGAAAAUGGAGCGACUGCUAGCGAAGAAAAUCAGCGAUCAAAAUUUUUGAUUCAGUUGAGCGAAUCGCGUUAAACACGAUGAACAAAUUUAUUGAAAAAGUGCGAAAUAAAGAAUGUUUGUGGAAUCUGCCUCAUCCAGAUUAUCAUAAUAGAAACAAAAUCAGAAAAGCUUGGGAAGAAGUAGAAAAAGAAUGCGGUUUGGAAGCUGGCUCUGGUGCAAAAGAAUGGAGAAACUUGAAAGACUCCUAUCGUAGAGAACUUCGUAAGGAAAAUGUGGUGGCUUCAGGCAGCGCUGCAAUGCCGCAUUCAAAAUGGACACAUUUUAAGGAUAUGUGUUUUUUACAAGAUAUUAUGGAAUCGCGCUCCAUGCCAGGUAACUUGAUCAAUGAAACAAGUUGUGAUGAAUUGGUGGAACUUGAUGAUGAAGAUAAAUCGGAAACUCCUGAAUCCAUAAAAUUGAUGCAGCCUACACCUAAAAAAUUAAAGAAAAAACUUACAGAAAGCUCAGCGUUUUUGGAGUUGGAGGAAAAGAAGCUUAAGCUCCUAGAAAAAAGCAACGAUAAGGAGGAUGAUGAUUACCAUUUUCUUAUGAGUUUCAAAAAAUACAUGAAAAAUAUGGGUGAAGAAAAAAAACUUUCGCAUAAAAAUGCGGGAGGUUCUGUACGACAUCAUGUACGGCAGAGAUAAUCAGGAAUCGGCUACACCAGUUUCUUUUAUUAGUUAUGUGAGUAGCAGCCCAAAUAUUGAAACGCAGGACUCAAACAGCUUCAUUUUUCCAAAUGCGCAAAAUUUUAAUUAAGCUACUUAAUAUUAAUGUGUGUAAUAUUAUAUUAAAUACAUACUUACAUAUGUAAGUGAAUAAGUAUAAGUAUUGAAAUUGAAUGAAAAUUUAUGUAUUGGAUACAUAAUAUUGUAUAUUACUUACCUUAUGGUCAGUGCGAGCGUUUCUGCAGCAUCAAUUGGUGUUUUCUGAUUUCUAGUAUUUUUUUCUAUAUGUUUGGAUAUAUUAUUCAAGAUAUAAUUAAACGUGUCUAUUCUCAUUCAGUAAUACUCCAUAAAUUUCUCAGGAUAUUGUAGAAGGCGGGUGUGCAAAUGAUGGAACUCUCCAUGGCUUUUGCGUUCUUUGCAAAUUGAAUGCUUUUAGAAUCUUUUCUGUUUACAAAAUCUUAAAAUCUGCUGACGCACUAAAAGACUACUUUCUGUAAGCAAAAUUUUACGAACACGUGCACACAUGUCUUUUUUUAAUGCAAAGUAAAAGAAACUACGAACGGAGUUAUAAAUUUUCAAUCGCUUCUGAUUUCGCUGUACUGUAAACGCUCAAUCGCUAGCGAUUACGAUGGCGAAACCGGUGGUAGCGAUAGAGCGAUUUUCAUUGCAUCGCGCGACACGAAUACGCUCGGUCAUAAACGUAGCCUAAGUUAGCAAAUCUCUUCACAGUAUGUUACGGGUAAAAAAUUCUUUUGUUAGCGCAUAGCAUACCUAUGUGUUAUGGAUAACAAAAAGUAUUUGUUACCCGAAUAUCUGUUAGUGUUAUUAUUUUCGUUAUCAGUUUGUUAUCUAUAACAUAUAAACAUGUUAGCAAGAACAAGCAGUAAAAGCGCUAUCUGUUACCUAUUUGUUACUUCUAGCAAAUUCAAUUCUUUUAAAUAAAACUUAGUUUGUUUAUUAUUUCGCUUUAUUUAAUAAUAAAAUCAAAAUAAUAAAAUAUUUACUUAAACAAAUCAUUUGACUAUUAUUAUUACAUUCAGCAGAAAAAUAAUACAAAUUAAGUUUGUUUCAGUAUAAACAUUAUAAUUCUAAAUUCAUAUUUAUAAAAGUAAAAUUAGUAACUUCAACUUAAAACUAGUAUGUACAAUUGAGAACUAAUAUAUACAACUUAAAACUAAUAUGUGCAACUUAAAACUAAUUUGUACAAUUUAAAACUAAUAUUCACAACUUAAAACUAAUAUGUACAACUUAGAACUAAUAUUUACGACUUAACACUAAUAUAUAUAAGUGAUAAUUAGAAAACUUAUAUUACUUUUGCUUUAAGUUUAUGCUUUUUUUGCUUAAAACGAUUGUGACUUAAAACCACAAAUCUCCGGAGCUCCCCACAGAUAAUGUUUUUAUCCUUGUCAGAAAAUAUAUCUAAAAUGAAACAGUAUAAGUUAAGGCAUUCAAAUAUAUAUCAGUAAAAAAACCUACCAAAAACUAACCCUACGACCUUUAGCUUUAGUAGGGAUCCCUUCUCCUUGCGCCCCUCUAAAUUGUAGUGGUACAUUAGAUCGUCAGAAAACAUACCACGCAGUACGCCACACUGCCUUUUGCGCCCUUUGACUUCAACAUUAACCGCAUCUGUAAAAGAAAAAAAUACAGUAAAUUAUAUUACAAUCGCAUAAUAUUUAAAAACGAAAUAUUUACCAUAGCAUCCGUGCUUUCCCUUUGUGAAAGUUUGUCUUCCACGAAGCGCACGUGCUCUUCCGAUGACAGGGGCAGUUUCGAAGCGAGUAAUGCUCGUUCUCCAAGUCACCGGUGAUGCGGCUAAUUGAAUGAUGCGUCUUUGCCGCUAUGACGCGGCAUUCGCGCAAUAAUUUACUUUGUGCCUGCACCUCGGUAUUUUCUGGCAUCUAGAAUAUUAAAAUAUAAAAAUUAGCUUCUGUUUUAAUGUGGUAAUGUAAUACUGCGUUACUUACCUUGUCUGUUAGGGACUUUUCAAUGGCAGUGAGUCGGGUCUCAAUGGCAUCUAGCUUCCGAAUUAUAUCUGAAAAACAUAAAUGUAUUUUUAUAAAGCAAAUACUAAUACAUUUAUAUAAUAAUACAUUAUACCUGCAUGGCCGCCAAAAAUGGUGACGGUACCACAAUUUGUAAUGGUUAUACUCGAGGAGCGCAAACGAGGUUUUAAGUUAUUUUUUUAAACACUUUAUCUGUAAAAAAAUAUUAUUAAAAAAUGAAAAAUAUUUAUGUUCAAUACAACCUCUACGGGGGCUCAUCGGAUAGAAAUCAAAUAUCCACGUCGCAAACUGAAAAAAAAAGUAUUAAGUAGUCAUUUAAUUAAAAAAUACCGAUUAAAAAUGUGAACUAAUUUAUAAAAUGAAAUGUUAGUACUUUAUAUUAAUAAUAUUUUAAAGUUAAGUAGUUUAUUGCAACAAAUAUUAGUUUGAAAAAGAUUUUUGAUUUGUAAAUACUUACAAAUAAUAUAUUA